AAGAACCCUUGUGGUAAUAAAAAGAGGAAACAAUGUAUUACAAAGAUCCAUUACACAGGCAGUGAGUGUGCUUAUUAAUGUCACACAUUGGGCUAAGGUGUUGAUAAAAUCUUCAAACACUGCUAAAGGCUGCAUGUGGUCUCGCAGCUCCGGCUGAGAGCUGUGUAGGUGCACGCUUUCAAAGUUUCACUGGGGGAAUUGAGACAACGGGAGACUGCAGCGGCACAUCGCCCCGUCGGGAGACAGAAGCGCAACCAACAUCCGAGGAGGAAGAGGAGGAUCGGAGGAGAGAGAAGGACCACGUCUCACUCAGGGGAGUGUCCGAUAAGAACAAAGAGAGAGAGAGAAAGGGAAAAAAUAUGACAGAGCGAGUCCUGGGUUAACAGAUGGGAACUAAGAGGAGGUGGAUGUAACGCGGAGCUCGCUGGAAGGAAGGGAGGAAAGAAGGAGGAGAGGAAGAGGGACUCCCGGGCCGGCGGCUGCAGCCCACCACCCUUCAGCCAUGCCGCCUGUAUUCCGCUCUCUGCUGUUCGGCUUUCUAGCGCUGCUGGUUGUGCUUUUGAUAAUUGAUGAUAUUGCAGAAGUGGAAAAAGAAAGCGCAAAAAUUGGGCUCACGAAGAAAACCAGCGUUCACCAGCUCGUUCCGAAACCUCACAGAAAGGCGGCAGCACACACAGAUCCGACUGCGACAACAACAAUCGCCAAAUAUCCUCAUCCUCCAACCUGUAACGGCACCACCAAACACCCGUCAAACAGUUGGGCCUUUAACAAGACGCUCUCCAACCUCAUCAGAAAGAAUAUUCUCAGAUUCCUCGACCCAGAGAGAGACAUCUCAAUUCUAAAGGGCACGCUGAAGCCAGGAGACAUCAUCCACUAUGUGUUUGAUCGUCAAAGCACCACAAACAUCUCGGAGAAUCUCUAUCGUCUGUUGCCAACCGCAUCGCCGAUGAAAAACCAGUAUCACAGGCGCUGUGCCAUCGUGGGGAACUCUGGGAUCCUGCUGAACAGCAGCUGCGGACCAGAAAUCGACUCUCAUGAUUUUGUUAUCAGGUGCAACCUGGCCCCUGUGGAGGAGUAUUCUCAGGACGUGGGCCGGCGGACCAACCUGGUGACCAUGAACCCCUCGGUGGUGCAGCGGGCCUUCCAGGACCUGGUCAGCGACGAGUGGAAGGAUCGCUUCCUGCAGCGCCUGCAGAACCUCAGCGGCAGCGUGCUGUGGAUCCCGGCCUUCAUGGCGAAGGGCGGGGAGGAGCGUGUGGAGUGGGCCCUCCGCCUCAUCCUGGUGCAUACUGUGGACGUGCGCACGGCGUUCCCGUCGCUGCGUCUGCUCCACGCUGUCCGAGGGUACUGGCUCACCAACAACGUUCACAUCAAGCGUCCCACCACUGGCCUCCUCAUGUACACGAUGGCCACUCGCUUCUGUGAGGAGAUCCACCUCUACGGCUUCUGGCCAUUUCCUCUCGGCCCACAGGGUAGGCCAGUGAAAUACCACUACUACGAUACUCUAAAGUACGAGUACACAUCCAGCUCCAGUCCUCACACCAUGCCCCUGGAGUUCAGGACCUUGAGCACUUUGCACAGACAGGGGGCGCUCCGGCUCCACACGGGAAGCUGUGAUCUGGACCGAGGAGCACAGAAAGAUCUCAGCUGAAGCCAUGAUUCUGACUGUGCAAAAUGUUAUUCUUGUUACUGCUUUUUCUGAUAAAACUUGAAGGAAGAACUGAAUGGGAACACUGUCAAUUACAGCCUUUUGUAUUGGCUCAUUAAGCGUAUUUUACCUUUAAUGAGAUUUCUAUGGCAACCGAUAUCUCUUGGGGGUUUAUUUGUGAGCUUCCACAAAUGCAGCAGAUGGUUUGUGUUUUAUACCUGGGGUUACAGGUUUGGAGAAGAUACAAAAAUGGGCUAUUUUCCUGCUGUUUCAAAGAAAAUUGACUCUAAUUCCAUUUUAAAGUCAACUAUUUGUAUUGUAACACAGCAGGUACCUGUACACACAGCAAAAAACUGUCACUUGUACCCUGCGGUGCUGAAUUUAUAAAAUACUGUUUGUAAAGGAGACAUUUU